AUGGACAACAAGCUCAUUCACUACCUCCAGAACAAGAACUUCCGCAAGAAGAAGGAAAAGUCGCUUCCACCACAACCAAAGAGACAAACAACACGCUGGUCACAAAAGGAGACACAACUGUUCUACAAGGCAUUAGAACUCUGUGGCCUUGAUUUCACUUUGAUCAGCAAGCUCUUUGUGAAAAAGAGUAGGAAGCAGGUAAAGAAAAAGUACAUGAAGGAGGAAGGCUUAAACAGAAAAAAAAUUGAGGAGAUAGUCAAAAAUGCAAAUUUUGAUGAGGAGAGGUAUAAUGCCCUGAAGGAUGUGUGA